AUGGGGAAUACCGAAAUCGGCGGACUACGAGAGUCACUCCCAUCCCCAUUCCUGCGUGAUUCUGAUGUGGCGUAUAGCACAGACUUCAUGAUGAAGAGCCAUAUUGACACGUUGCUUGAUUCCAAUAACAUAGCUAUCGGGAGUUCGACGCUCUACUGCGGUUCGCACCGUGAAUGUCACAAGAUAGAACUGAGUUCCGUCAACGCUUAUCCCGAACCCAUAUUUUAUUGUUCUGUGAUUCCCAUUCAAAUGAUUGUCGGAAAGACAUUGGAACUACAAGCAAUUAGUGGAGAAUUCGGGGAAAGUAACAACGCUAAUAUUAUUAUUACUAGCUUCUGUUUCCAGUCUGUACCUGAGUUUCUGCAAGUGCUGAAUACUGGCAAAUCUGCAUGGUAG